AUGCUGCCGGCCGCAGGUGGUGUGGGCUUGGACGACAUCGCAGCUGAGAUCGAGCAGGAGCGAGGUCUCCAGACCCGUUUGGCGAUGAGCGAAUCAGCGGCCAUCGCAUUCGGCAAGAGUGGGGAGAUGCCCAAGGAGCCGACUGCCGACAGUGAAGUCGAGGAGGCCGACACCAAUGCCGCUGUUGAUAAGGGUAGGUGGGAGCAGCACGAGCAACACAUACCAGCACACGCCACGUUGCUCGUGCUGCUCCUUCCAGUUGUUGUUGGUGAUGCGCAGGCCGCCAUGAGGGGGAUGGCGGCCGUCGAGCGCUACGUGAGUGCCCACUGUUCGUUACGGCUGCAGAAAGCACUCGGACGACUGAAGAAAGGGAUCAGAACAGAAGCACAACAGAAGGGAGACCUCAAGCGUGCUCAGUGACUGAGUUUGAGUGAGUGAGUCGUGCUGCCGUACCUCAUCUAGGCAGAUCUGUCGUUCAUGGCUCUGCAUCGUUGGUGCAUGACUCUGUCCAUCCAUACAUCUACUUUUUCGGUGAGAUCGGCGCUAGUUUGCCUCACAGGAAGGCCACCAUCUGCCGCUGGCAUCCUCAAAAGUGACUGAAAGGCUCCAGAAAUCACCCUCACGAGCGAUCGGCGACCUUUUCCGUAAAUCCAUAUCAUCCAUCGUUUUUCGUCGUUUCAGGGUCGUUUGAGCGGGGAAAAAAGAGUGAAUGUGAUGGAGGGUGGCUCUGGUGAGUCAUUCAGGGGCUCGUCGCAUUUGCGAGCUUGACUGAGAAUUUUUGUGGCGAGAAUGGCGGCGAGAUGUCAGAUCAUAGCCGUCUCCGAGACAGAUUUGUGAGAAUAAGGGAUAUCAAACAGUUUCCGAGCCGGCUGCCCUCAUUUCUCACUGUUUGCCCCACAUCUCCCUCGUUUCUUUUCAUUUUUUGGCGGGAGUGGUCGCGCGCCACCCGCCCGAGGCCCACGCAGCCCACGCAGCCCACCCUGCUCCCCGUUUGCGAAGAGGACGAGUCCACCUGAUCGGCCCUGACCCUCCCGUCAGACGCUGACAUCACCCUGAUGCGCAUCUUGCAUCCCAUUUCCUCUUUCCGUCCCAGAGCCUCCCGGCGCAAUGUAGUCGUCUGCCUGGCCUUCCCAAGGCACCCACUACUGCGUCCGCCGUCUGCAAGGUCCCCAAGUACAGCGCCGGGGCGACCGAUGAUGCAGACCCGUCGUCAUUCUUCUGGGUCUUCGAGGCCAAGGCGCCGCACGGCGAAGGGUCGGACUUCAGACGGCGCCUUGCCAACGACACGCGAGCGCUGCUGGGCGAGGAGGUGCCCAUCGAGUACAUGUCGGAGGAGCAGGCUGAGGGAACACACCUGCCACGGCUGCCUAACCCGCCGGUCACGAACCUUGACCGGACGCAUCCAUCCAUCCAUCCAUCUAUCUUUUGUGUGUGUGUCUGUGUGUAUGUGUGUGCAGGAGGCACUUGCGGCUGGGGCUGCUGCUGCUGCUGAUGGUGGUGGUGGUGAUGAUGACGAUGGCAACGAGGAUGAAGUCGAGGACGAGGAGGAGGUCAGCGGAGAGAGAUGGGAUAGGAUAGGAUGGGAUGGGAUGGCACACAUGCGCUCUUGCGUGCGUCGUGUGUGUCGAUCUGUGUGUGAAUGGGCGUGUGUGUAUGGUGACAGGAUAACGACGACAAAUACGAGGACGAGAAGGUCAGCCAGACACCUCACGCACCGAACCAUGCACCCUUGACAUCCCCCUCCCUCUCUGUGUGUUGAAUGAGUGCAGGCGGUCAAGGCCAAGUCGAAAGCCAAGCGAGCGGCCAAGCGCACCGAUGACCCAGGUAACUGCCGACUCAGAAAGAACUGAUGCUUGCAGCAAUGAGAGACAUGCACACGUGUGUGUGUGUUUGUGUGAAAGAGUGGAAGCCCAAAUGCCUUCGCGAACAAGCCAAGGGCCUCCCCAAGCACUUCACAGCCAGAAUAUUUCAUUUUGUAUUUUGUUAG